AUGGCAAGAGAUUUAAGAGUCUCCAUGGCCCAGGACUCCGAGGUGGACAUUACACCCAGGGAGCCCAAAAAGUUACCCAAACAGGCUCGGCAAGACCCACCGCUGACCAAAGACCGUUCACAUUUUCUGCCUGAACACAACAAGCAGCGUCAAAGAUAUAUGGAAAAGGAUGGCAAAUGCAAUGUACACCAUGGCAACGUCAAAGAAACAUAUCGCUACUUUAGUGACCUGUUCACCACCCUCGUGGACUUGAAGUGGCACAUCAGCUUGUUCAUCUUCACCCUAGUGUACACAGUGACCUGGCUGUUCUUUGGCUUAAUCUGGUGGUUUAUUGCUUAUGUCCGUGGGGACCUGGAGCACAUGGGAGAUAAAAGCUGGGUUCCCUGCGUUGAGAAUCUUAAUGGAUUUGUCUCUGCCUUCCUCUUCUCUAUUGAAACAGAGACGACUAUUGGCUAUGGCUACCGCGUUAUUACAGAGAAGUGCCCUGAAGGCAUAGUCCUCCUGCUCAUUCAGGCCAUCUUGGGCUCCAUUGUUAAUGCGCUUAUGGUGGGCUGCAUGUUUGUAAAGAUUAGCCAGCCCAAGAAACGUGCUGAGACCCUGAUGUUCUCCAAUAAUGCAGUGAUCUCUUUGAGAGAUGACAAGCUAUGUCUGAUGUUCCGAGUCGGGGACCUGCGCAGCUCUCACAUUGUUGAGGCCUCUAUCCGAGCCAAGCUCAUUAAAUCCAAACAAACCAAGGAAGGAGAGUUUAUCCCUCUCAAUCAGACUGAUAUCAACGUGGGCUUUGACACGGGAGAUGACAGACUUUUCUUGGUUUCUCCCUUAAUCAUUUCACAUGAAAUGAAUGAAAAAAGCCCCUUCUGGGAAAUGUCCCGUGCGCAGUUGGAAGUUGAAGACUUUGAAAUUGUGGUAAUACUUGAAGGAAUGGUGGAAGCAACAGGAAUGACCUGCCAAGCCAGAGGUUCAUAUGUGGCUUCUGAAGUCUUGUGGGGUCACCGCUUCACUCCGGUCCUGACUUUGGAGAAAGGGUUCUAUGAAGUGGAUUACACCAGCUUUCAUGACACCUACGAGGCCCCUACGCCCAGCUGCAGUGCCAAAGAACUUGAUAGUCUUCAACAGGGAGGCCGCAUCGCCCGUCUCUUCACGCCUCAGAUUAACGAAGGGGGACAGAAUGGGGCCCUCGGGUCGGAGGACGUAAAACUAGGAUCUCAACCAGUCUGAACAUCAGAAAGCCGAGGGAAAUCUCUGCUUAAACUAAAAGAAACCAGGAA